AUGGAGAUCCAGAGCUAUAGUGGCGGCUGCUUCCCGGAGGUUGGGAUGAACAGCUCGCACUGCCGGGAGAUGAGUUGGAUCGAGUCCGUGCUCUACGUCUACAUGGGCAGCGGCCAGCCCAUCCCCGUGACGGACCUGCGGAACCGGACCACCUCCAUGGACACCUCCAACAAGGUGACGUCUGACUACGUCCGGCGAGCCAUCCCCCGCGACGUGUGGGCGGAGAUCUUCGGCUGGCUCUCCAAGCCUGACCCGGGGAUCAUGAUCCUAGACCCCUACGGCGGAGCGAUCUACGCUGUGCCAGAGGCGGCGACACUGUUCCCGCACCGCGGCGGCAUGCUGUACAACAUCUAUUACAUGAACUACUGGGCCGUCAGCAGCGACGGGGAGCCGAACGUGAGGUGGAUCAGGGACCUGUACGCGUUCAUGGCGCCAUACGUGAGCAAGAACCCGAGGGAGGCCUACUUCAACUACAGGGACCUCGACCUGGGGAGGAACGUCGUCGUGGGCAACGUCAGCAGCUACGAGGCAGGCAAGGUCUGGGGCGAGAAGUACUUCAAGGGAAACUACGAGAGGCUCGCUCUGGCCAAGGGCAAGAUCGACCCUGACAACUACUUCUGGAACGAGCAGAGCAUCCCGCCACUUGUGCAUGAAUCGAAUUUUCCCUAUUAG